GUAUGUUGAUUAAUUUAUAGUAAACAUUAUGAAUUAUCAUUAGUUACAGCACUGAUUUUGAUGUACAUAGAAAUUGGAUGAGAAUUACAACUGAAUAACCAAUUAAUUAAUGGUAUUAUGAUGAAUAAUCUAUUUGGACACUUGAUUACCCUCCAUUGUUUGCUUAUUUAGAAUAUCUAUUUGGUAAAAUAGCAAUAUUGAUUGGAAUUGACUUAUACAACAUCACAGACUCAUUAGUCUGGUUCUAAAGAAUUACUGUAAUAGCAUCAGAAUUUCUUUACUUUUUCGCAGUUAAAAAGUAGCAAAAAUCAUUUACAAAGUAAUUCAUAGAUAUGAUUCCAUUUGGAUGCUUAUUAAUUGAUAGUAUAAAAUAUUAUUUAUUAAUAGAUAUACAUUUCUAAUACAAUGGAUUCUUAUAUGGUAUUUUGUUGUUUAUUUGUUAUAAAUUAUAACAAUAAUAAUAUCUCUAAGCCUCCUUAUUGUAUGUUAUAUUACUUAGCUUUAAACAUAUUUAUAUCUAUGUAUUGCCAGCAUUUGGAGUUAUUUUGUUAAAAAAUUGUCAAAUUAAACAAAUAAUCACAAUAGGCAUUUUAUCAAUGUCUUUACUUUUAUUUAUUUUUUUACCUUUUUAUUAAGACAUCUUUUAAAUUUUGAAAAGAUUAUUUCCUUUUCAAAGAGGACUUGUUCAUGCAUAUUGGGCUUAAAACUUUUGGAGUAUAUAUUGCACAGCAGAUAAAAUUUUAGGAAUUGUCUUUAAAAUCAAUAAAGCUUCAACUGCUUCUGGUGUAGUUUAGGAAACUAUUUUUAAUGUUCUACCUACAAUUGGGAAUGUAACUACUUUAAUAAUUAUUGGAUCUUUUUGUUUAGUAUAAAAUUUAUCAAUUUUAGUUAUUGUUUAGAAAGAAGUAUAAGAAUGUAUAUGAUAUCUUUACUAUUUCUUCUUUAAUUUUUUUUAAUUUUGGAUAUCAUGUUCAUGAGAAAGCUGUAAUGAUUCCAAUAAUUUUACAAUUUGUAUAGAUGAAGAAUCCAAAUUUAAUUUUUAUGGCUUCAUUUAUAAAUGGUAUUGCAUUAUUACCAUUAAUACCAACUUCAUAUGGUAAUGUUGAUAAUUAAUUUAGAAUAACCAAUACUUAUAAUUUUAUUAAUUAUCUUUCAUAUAAUAUUUUAUGCUGAAUAUUAAAUCAAAUUAAAUUAUACAGAAAAAUUAUAUCUAUUUAUUGGAGGACUUGUAAUUGUUUAUGAUCGUUUAUUUCAUCAUUUGCUUUUUGGAGGUAAAUUAGAAUUUUUACCCUUAAUUAUGUAUUCAUUAUAUGGUAGUUUAUUUAAUUAAUACUGGCUCAUAAAGUAGAUAAGACAGAAAGAUGAUUAUUAUGUUAAAUUGUGUUGA